CUUUACUGCUUAGGGCUACGGUUAUUACAGUGAGAAACCUGCCCGUGAAAAAUACUCGUAAUUACUUUUGGCACUCAAACAAACAGUACCAAACCGCGCCUCGCCUUUCACCAAUGCCCGUUGCUCCACCGGUACCUGCCCAGACUCCAGCUGCUUCACUUCUAGCAAGCGUCAACGCGACGACCACACGAGAAAAGAGUCCAAUCCGCCGUUUGUUGGUCAGAUCCUACGGCCCAUACUGGUGCAUACAAAGGUAUGCCUCUGGGCCUACCGUCCCAUUCCGGAGAUAUUCUCAUAUCCACGACCCGCUCUUUGAAUGUCACGUAGCCUUCGUGCCAUUUUUGCAAGAAGAGAGAACGAUGUCCAUUUAAUGCAGGCAAUUCUUCCACAUCGCGGUGUAAAAAAGAGUUGACAUCUCCGCGGCCGCCCUCCUGCUUUAGAGCGCGCUCCAAUAUCGCGCUCCUGACUCUAUAAUCGACUGCUCGGUUGUUUUUUUUUUUUUUUUUG